CAAACUUGAUAAAGUGCCCAGCCACGAACUGGAAAUAAAGGCAUCUUGCCUGCCGCAAGUGGUGUCUGUGCUGAGCCAGGCUGCGGCCAAGGGGCUGCUUCCUUCCUUCCUCAAUCCAUGCGUCAUCAUAAAUAUCCAGCACUUACUCUUUAUAAAGGAGCCCCCUGCUGGGGAGUGAAUCUGCAAGCACUGGGCUCCUUGUCUUCCUUCCCAGCAGCUGGCUAACUACGAGAGUGACGCUGGGAGCCAAGCGCUAUAAACCCAGUGGCAAAGGCUGGUGGUUCCCAGCUGCUCUGGCGAGCGUGAAGCUGAGCUCCCUGCUGAGGAGAGCAGGAAGCUUUUGACUCCAGGCCCAGGAUCAGGUUUCCUCUGGGGGGGAGCUGCCCAGUGACCUGUUCCCCGGUGGCUGACUCUCUGCCCCCGCUCCCUCAGCCCCUGACUCCACCGAGAUGUUUCUCUCCAGACAGAGGGCCACGAGCAAGAAGCCAGGUCUGCUGCCCACCUGUCCCAACGUCCUCACCCCCGACCGGAUCCCCAAGUUUUUCAUCCCCCCCAAACUCUCCACCUUGUAUGGCAGAGCCCCGGGCGGGAGCCCCGGUUCCCAGCAGAGCCCCCAAGGGCCCGGGAGCCCAGAGACACACAUCGCUCUGAUCAGAGCCGCCAAUCAGCAUGUCAUCCACACACAGGGCCGGCACCAGGACUCUGCGGCCAGGGCAGAGGGUGAGGCUGGCCAGCAGCUCCCCCCUGCCUGCUCCAUGCCCCACCUCCUCAGCCCGGGGGACUUCCCCCUCCUGCCCGAGAGCCCCCACACGCGCCGAAGGGAGUCCAUCUUUCACACCGUGUGUCCACCCCACCGCAUCUCCCUCGACCUCUCCCCAGAGCCCGACGCCAGGCUCUCGCCCCCGGAGCUGCGGCCCUGGCGGCCCGUCUCCCAGCCUGGCACCUUGGACAGUGACACGACCUCCUCUGCAGGUUCCUCGCCCUUCGGCUCCCCGGUGCUGGGGCACUCGCUCGCCUGCCAGGCCCACUGGGGCCGGCCCCUCUGCAGCCGCACCCCGGAUGCCCAGGUGAUGGGCCGGGCCAGCUCGCUGUCUGCCGAGGAAGCCAGCUCUACGGAUGACAGCCCCAGCUUCCCACGCCGACAGGCCGAGCCCAGCUGGGGGGCAGCGGCCAGGUUGGCCCCGCCACCCUUCUUCCCCUUGUACUUCAUCUGCCGCCCCACGCCAGUGGCCCAGGAGAACACGGUGGCGCUGAGCCGAGGUGGGCGCCUGCAUCUCUCCUCCGAGUACGUCCCGGCCAGCAGGCGCCUGCGCGUCCGGCUGGUCAGCGCCGAAGGCCUCUACCCGCGGCCCUGCGACCCCCGGCACGUCGGCUGCUGCGUGGCCCUGCAGCUGCGACCGGGCAAGGCGCAGAAGCAGCGCAGCGCCGUGGUCAAGAGGAGCCGGAGCCCCAUCUUCAACGAGGACUUCUUCUUCGAGGGCCUGGCGCCCCACGAGCUGCCCGGCCGCCACCUCAGGCUCAAGGCGCUCAACGCGGGCUGCGGCGUGAGGCGGGACGCCGUCCUGGGCGAGGCCGAGGUGCCGCUGCCUGCCCUGCUGCCCCCCUAGGGCCCGGCGGGGCCACACGGCCGCAGCCCAAGGCCUGGCACGCUGGCCCUGGCUCCCAGCAGGGGCCUGGGAGGAGGGAGAAUGAGAGAGCCAAGGUUUCGGGGGGCUGGAGGAGCUAUGGCUACGGCCCAGCAGCCCACCCGUCCCUCCCCUCUGCCUCUGCCCCAGCCCCAGCCCCAGCCCCAGAUGGACAAGGGCUCGGUGCCCCUGUGCCCCUGGCCCACCAGGCGUGCGGGCGCUCGGCGGGGCUGCACGCCGGACCCCAGGCUCCCUGUGCAGGGCGCACAGCGAACUGAUUGUUUAUUUUUUGAUAAUGAAAAGGAGCCUGCACUGCAUGGGAUCCCAGCCGUGCCUGCAUGUGGGGCGGGGAGGGGGGGCUGGCUGCAGCAGAGCGAGGGCCAGGGCUUCAUGGAGAGAGUGUGUUGCAAGCCACCCCUUGCCCAGCCCCCCAGCCCCUCCCCUCCCAUCCUCUCCCUUUCAAUUGCCUGCCUCCUUCCCAUUCCCCUCCCAUUGCCCACCCCCGCCCGGUCCCCUCCCCUGCUCUGACUCCAGCAGUUUCUCUCCACCUGGCAAUGCGGGGAGGUGUCUCGCUCUGCCCGCAACAUGCCCCACCUCUGGAUCCGGUUCCUGCUGCAGGGAGGGGUGGGGGGGGAUGGGGAGAAGAGACAUGACAGCCGAGUUUGCAAAUAGAAGAGAAAGCUGACAGCUGGCAGCCCCCUCCUGCCCCGGGUCUCUGAGCUGGGGGAGAGCAUAGCCCCUCCUGGCCGGGGUCUGAACCUGGAGCCUCCAGUACUACACGCAGGAGGCCCGACUGCCCGCGCUGCAGGUGAAACUCUAGCAACAGCUCCCCAUAGUAGGUUCUUACCCUCUUCUGUGGAUCGGCCACUAGAGGGCGACCUGACUCACGCUGCAGGUGCCACAAGGGUAGAAAGCAACAGCCUCCUCCCCCCCCCACCCCCCUGGGGUGGCUGAGCGGGACAAGGGAAGAAAAGGGCCCUCAGGCUGCGGGGGGAGAGGCAGGCGCAGGACGAUGUGACGUCUAUGACCCCCCCCCCAUGGGAUGUCAGUGUGCCCCACUCCUGCUCGCUGGGCCCAAAGGGAACGCUGUGCCUGGGGGGCACAUGUGCACCCCAAUGGGCCUGGCAGGCAUGAAAGGGCCAGCCCCCCUCGCCCUCCCAUGGGGCCUGAGCAAGGUAAAUGGAAGGGCUCCAGCAGGCUUUGGCUCAGGCACCAAGGGGCCUGGGGCAGGCCAGGGACGCCCCACCUCUCACUGGCUCAGGGCUCCCUAGGGAGCUGGCAUGGGCACCACGCAGCAUCAUGAGUUGCCCCGCGUCCCCUGCGCUGAGCAGCCUUUUGCCAGCCCUUGGGGGCACAGAUGGGAAACCCACGGGUGGCCAUUCUGGGGGCGCCCCACAACAGUCCCUGCCCCGUGGCCAAUUCCUCACAGGGGAGGGGGGAUGGCAGCAUGGGGUGGGCUCUGGGCCCUGAAGUCGGGGUGCAGACCCGCAGAGGGAGACAGAAGGGCUUGCAACAGGGCAGCCGUAAUGCCCCCCAGAGGCGGGGCGGACGGUAACGGGACAUUCCACGCCUCUGCCACCCCAGGGUGGGCACCGCGAGCGGCUUUGGGGUGUUGUUCUCAGGAGAGUGUGCGGCACCCGGCCCUGCAGCAACCAGAGGCCAGCCUGCGCCUCUGCUCCUCGGGACAGGGGGAAGAGCGAAAAUUUCUGGAGAAGUCUCCCCCAGUGGUCGGAACAAGACCUUGGGGGAGCUGGCACAGAGCCCCACUGCCAUUGGACCUGAGCAUCUCAUAGCACCUUGAACCUGACAGCCCCCACCCCUACCCUGCAGUGCACUGGGGUGCGGAAGGGGGAUUGGCACAGAUCUGGGGGGCUGCCGUGCCAGCAGAGAGCAGGGGCAAGCCCUGGCACAUCCAGGCUGUGGGGGGCGGGGAGGAUUUAGUUCAUGGCAGGCACUCAGGCCUCAUGGAGGGAGGGAGCCCAGCUAACAGACCCCUCCGUGUCUCACACCCACCAGUCUCGCUGCAGUGCCCCAUGGCUCUUCCCCACUCUGGCCCAGCCCCCCCGCCCCCAGUCCCUUGUGCUCCCCAGCCCCAAUGGAUUCCCCUCCCAGCCAUUCAGCUCUGUUGAUCUUUGCAGCAGGUCAGGGGAAGGUUUGUUUGCCAAGGCCCCGCUCUGCAAACAGCAGGAUGGCACCGCUGCUCUCCCCCCCCCCUCCCCAAGAGCCACCCCCUCCUUUAUUCCCAUCAGUGGGGCUGUGGGGGAGGGCGUGUGGGGCUCAGAUUGGCGCUGGGCUGGAGGGGAUCAGAACCAGGGCGUGGGGAGGCGUGGCCGGUUUUGUCCCAUCCUUUCCGGCGCGAGAUCCUUGUGCUGCCCCCAAGCACGGAGCGACUGCGACGUACGGGUGGAUCUAUAGGGGCAAGCGAGGCCCCUAAAUCCACCCCUGGAGGAGGGGCAGGGCGUUGAAUGGGCAAGAUGCCAGCUGGCUGGGAAGGAUGGAGUGGCUCAAAACCCCAGACUACAAGCAGCUGGCCCACAGGCCGGGCCUGGUCUGGCCUGGCUGCAGGAUAGCUGCUGGCCUAGGCGGGGGUCUGGUGUGCCAAGCCCCGGUGGAACAACAGCAAAAACGGCCUUCAGUGGGAUGCCCAGCAGAGGGCACUGCUGGGCAAAGGAUCGGCCUGGCUGCAGCUCCGUUCGCCACAGUCUGCCUCGGCCCAGCCAAGGGGAAUCAGGUGUGGGGGCUCUUCCUUAAUCUGCGGGGGGCAGAGUGGGGCACUGGGAGUCAGGACUCCUGGGUUCCAUUCACAGCUCUGCCACCAGUUUUCUGUGUAGUACUGGGGAGGGCGGGGGAAAGACUCUCUGUGCCUCAGUUUCCCCUCGUAGGCGUUUAGGAGCCAGGACAGGUUUCUAUUCCUUGUUCUGGGAGGGGGGAGGGGUCUAGUGGUUAGUGGAGGUGACAUGGAAUCAGGACUCCCAUUCCCACUGACUCACUGUGACCUUGGACAAAUUGCUUCCCUUCUCUGUGCCUCGGUUUCCCCAUCUGUAGAAAGGCAUCCUCGUAUUGGGGUGAUGAGGCUGAAUUAAUGAAUGAAACCCUCCAGUGGAAGAUACUAGCAAAGUCAAAGAACACUUGAUUGUUUGAUUCUCUUUUGAAACCUGUUGAACUGGAAGGAACUGGGCCCCAGGAAUUCUUGGAAUAAACACAGGUAAAGCUGGGGGAAUGUUCUUUAACAAUGGAGCUAGAUCUAUUGUGCAAUUAGAGAAGAAGAAAUCAAGGGAAAUAAUUUUUAAUACCCACUUGUUGCAUCUUGUCUUAGCUUGUCUGUGGCUUCUUUGGGGCAGGGACUCUCUCUCAGUCUGUCUGGGCAGCACCCGGCAUGACAGGGCCCCGAUCUUGGUUACUCUGCAUCUGGGCAGCGCCUGGUGCGAUGGGGUCCUGAUCUUGGUUACUCUGUGUCUGGGCAGCGCCUGGCACAAUGGGGACCCACUCUCGGUUACUCUGUGUUUGGGCAGCGCCUGACACAACGGG